AUGUGUUCACCAACCCAUCGGCUGCGUGUGAUACUAGUCCGCCAUGGCGAGUCCCAAAACAACCUCUACUCUGAGAUAUCAAUCAAGGCUUUCCAAGAGAAUCGAGUUUGUGAUCCCAGCAUCAGCGACCGUGGUCAACAGCAAGCUCAGAGUACCGCCGACUAUCUUGGCAAAGGUGGAAACCAGAUUCUCGGUGGCAUUGAUGAAAUCCAUGUCUCUCCCAUGAAACGGACCCUCCAGACAGCAGCUCCCAUUGCAGCAGCACUGCCUACGGUGCCCGUUCAAGUGUUUACGGAUAUCCAUGAAAUAUCGGGAGUGUACGAUGGUACAGUGGGCAAACCAGGCAUGACUCGGUCCCAAAUGCAGUCCGGGUUUCCAACCUACACACUGCCCGAGUCUUUGACCGAGAAGGGUUGGUACACUCUAGAUUCGCCUGAAUCCUACAGUCAAGGCCAGCAACGAUGUCGAAAGGUUUGGGAACGGCUGUGUGCCAUGGCUGAUGGUUUGACCCAGGAUCGCUGCAUUCUGAUGGUGGUGCACGGUGACUUCACGGACAGCUUGCUGCAGGCUGCGUUUGGCGUGAUGCAGCAGCCACCCAACAACAACAGCAAUGCCAACAGUGAGAAAAUUUGGGUAUUUCCAACGUGGAAUACAGCCAUCACUGCCUUGGAUAUUCGCAGUGGCGACAAGAGGCCCACAUUGUUGUUUCACAACUCUAUCGCUCAUUUGCCACCAGAGCUUGUGAAAUUCGACAAGUUGGGACGAUGUUGAUGCAUGCACUCAGGACCAGCGUUUUCUGUCACCAUUCUCAGUAUUCAGUACAUGUAAUCCAAGUCAGAAAGAAUGCUACUGGUACGGACGAAGGGCGCGUGCUAGAGGCCACACUGAGAUGACGAUUUUGGUUCACAAUGAACCAACAUUACAAUGUCGCGCAUUGUUGGGAAAGGACAAGCCAAUAACUAACUGCAUGGAUCACAACCUUUUCUAGUAGAACGGACUAAGAGAAAGCCCCGUAGCUAGUCAAUCGUACAUGUAGUUCACGCAAC